AUGAAGUUCCAUCAGAUCGGUGAUAAUAAUGGGAGAAUAAAAUGCCCCUUCCCCAACUGUAAUACUAACGUUAUACCCUUAACUGAUGGUUUGAAAUCAUCAAUUACCACUGUUCCUAAUGCCCCCAAGAUGGUGAAUUUGAACGAGGCUGAAAAAUUCUUUAAAAUCAAUGAUAUGUGGGAUUUCGAUAAUAUUGGAGUAUCCAGAGAUUUACCUGAAAUAGACAAUUUUACAAUCGAUGAUGUGAAGUUUGAUAUAGAGAGAAUUCUUAUCUGUUCAGAAUGUGAUAAGGGACCUAUAGGUUUUGCUGGACAUUUCGAAAAUGAAGACAAAUUGCCUAAUAACCUUACUUUCUUCUUAUCGUGUGAAAGUAUGGAGUAUCAAGUCUAA